AGAAUGUCAUCAUUGGGUACCUAUUUUUUUCUUCUCUUGGUACUACUCCUUCCCGUUUGUGCCACAUGUUACGAGGAGGAUUACAGGCCCGAAGAAGGUCUCACAGGGCACAAUGGCGUCUUUCAGGCGCUACCAUGGACGAAAUUUGAGCUAAACCUGAUAUCAUCCCUACAUGCGACCGCCAACUAUCCGGAAGUAAUGCGAUUGGUUCGAGAGAAGAUGAUAAUCUCAGAUAUUGCACCAAAUGACAGGAGGAAGAUUGAACGAAUGUUGAAGAACCUUCGGCCGCCCCCAGUUUUCGAUGAAUUCCUUACUGAGGACGAGACUGAAAAGGUCCAAAAAGCCCACAGCGAGCGGGACGUGGACUCCGUGCUGAUGGUGAUUGGCAAGAAACUCCAACAAAUGCCAAAUUUCCUUAGAGAUCAGGCUAUCAACUACCUGACAAAACACACACCGACAGUUCAACCGCCAGAAUAUUAAUCUUUGAACUUGAGACUUCGUGCCACUACCGCCAUGUAAUAACUAUGUAUAGUCUGAAAAAAAAACCUAAUUUUGUACUUCCUUCUAAUUUUUUUCUAAGAAAUUCUCUCUUGUAACGACGGGUUAGAAGAUAUAUAUUCUCCAAUUUCUCCUGCUUCUAGACAUCCUCUUUCUUCCCGAUUUAACUUUUUCAGAAAUAAUUGUAUCAUACACAUUCCCUGACUGAUCUGUUCAAAAUCUUCGAUCCCCCCUCAAUUAACGAUAUCAGCUAAUUCGAUCUCUCUCAAUUCUUGUACAUUUUGGUGUGAUUUCUUGUCAUCUGACCGCCCGUGUGGAAAACCCGGAAUCUGUGCAGCGCACAGGUUUUCGGUAAAGAAAAUGAAUAUUUGUUUUGUG